AUGGCCUACGAUGCAACACAUGAUGAUGGUCCAGGAUUCGUUGGUAUCCGGUUCUGCCAGGAAUGCAACAACAUGUUGUACCCAAAGGAAGAUAAGGAAAAUAAAAUUCUGCUCUAUGCCUGCCGUAACUGUGAUUACAAGCAGGAGGCUGAUUCGAACUGUAUCUACGUAAACAAAAUAAUGCACGAAAUCGAUGAACUGACACACAUUGUACCGGACGUGAUAUCGGAUCCCACGCUGCCGCGCACUGAGGAGCACGCUUGCCCGAAAUGUUCUCACCGUGAAGCGGUCUUCUUCCAGGCACAAACCCGCCGAGCUGAGGAGGAAAUGAGGUUGUACUAUGUGUGCACCAACUCGUCCUGCUGUCAUCGGUGGACGGAAUGA